ACUAACAAAAAAUUGAGGUUUAGAUUUGGGAAGAAAACAGUGAUUUGGUUCUCUCUACGCGUUUCCUCCGUCUAGAAACUUUUCUCUACCAAUCAAAUAACAGAGCAAGAUCUCUCCUUUUCUCCUCUUUCUCACUCCCUGAGUUCGUGGUGCCUCCAUCCACACUCACACCUACUAGGGUUUAUCAUAUUUUCCUCCAAAUGCUGAAUCUCCCAUCUCCACUUUUCGACUGAUUUCUUCACCGGGAUUCCAGAAAUGUUUAAUUUUGAACUAAGAUGAGUAGGACUGAAUUAUCUAAUAUGAAGCAGCCACCUGUCCCACUGGCAACCCUGAUUGGUCGGGAGCUACGAAAUGGAAAAAUUGAAAAGCCUUUUGUGAAGUAUGGGCAAGCUGGCUUGGCAAAGAAAGGAGAAGAUUAUUUUCUAAUCAAGACGGAUUGCCAGAGAAUUCCUGGGGAUUCAUCAACACUUUUUUCUGUCUUUGCGAUCUUUGAUGGACAUAAUGGUAUAUCUGCUGCUAUUUUUGCGAAGGAAAACAUACUAAGUAAUGUUUUGAGUGCAAUACCGCAAGAUAUCAGUAGGGAUGAGUGGCUUCAAGCUCUGCCUCGAGCUCUGGUUGUUGCUUUUGUGAAAACAGACAUAGAGUUUCAGAAGAAAGGGGAAACUUCUGGAACGACAGCUACAUUUGUUCUGAUUGAUGGAUGGACUGUUACUGUUGCAUCCGUCGGGGAUUCGCGUUGCAUAUUAGAUACACAGGGAGGUGUCGUUUCUCUCUUGACAGUUGAUCACAGAUUGGAAGAAAAUGCAGAAGAGAGGGAACGCAUUACUGCCAGUGGUGGUGAAGUAGGAAGACUGAACGUUUUUGGAGGCAAUGAGGUUGGGCCUCUUCGCUGCUGGCCUGGUGGAUUGUGCCUUUCUAGAUCGAUCGGUGACACGGAUGUUGGAGAAUUUAUUGUGCCAAUACCACACGUGAAGCAAGUGAAGCUUUCAAAAGCUGGUGGAAGACUUAUUAUAGCUUCUGAUGGCAUUUGGGAUGCUUUAUCUUCUGAAACGGCUGCCAAGUCAUGCCGGGGUCUACCUGCUGAGCUUGCUGCAAAGAUGGUUGUCAAGGAAGCUUUAAGGUCAAGGGGACUGAAGGAUGAUACAACUUGCCUCGUUGUAGAUAUUAUCCCAUCAGAUCAUCCUGUAUUACCAACAAUUCCAACAAAGAAACAUAAUAUGCUAACUUCCCUUUUAUUUGGAAAGAAAUCCCAAAACUUUGCAAACAAAAGUACCAAUAAGCUUUCUGCUGUAGGUGUUGUGGAGGAAUUAUUUGAAGAGGGUUCUGCUAUGCUUACAGAAAGAUUGGGUAAGGAUUUUCCAUCAAGUACGAAUUCUGGAAUGUUCCGCUGUGCGGUUUGCCAAGCUGAUCAACCCUCUGGAGAUGGUUUACCAAUGAACACUGGCUCAUUUUUUUCUCCAGUAUCUAAGCCAUGGGAAGGUCCGUUCCUCUGCACAAACUGUCAGAAGAAGAAAGAUGCCAUGGAAGGAAAAAGGUCUAGCAGUCCCUCAGAAACAGCAUAGUAAUACAGUAUUCUAGUAAACAUAGUAAAUAUUAGUAUAAUUCUUCGCUGGCAGUGUGAGCAUGCUUGCUUAUUUGAGUGGUGAUUGUCCAAAAGGUGUGUAAGAAUGAGGUUGAGAUCAGGUCUAUUGGAGGUUGUUGCAAGUUUGUUUUUGGUGUGUGUGCUCUGCUGUUGGACUGACUGACAGAACAAACAACGAUGCCUAGUAGAUAACUUCUGAUAGUUUGAUACUAACGGCUUGUAAAAUUAAUUGACAAUUUCAUGGUUACGUCUUUGUGGAGUUGUCGACGAUUAUUUGCUUCUUUA